AUGGUGCUUAUCAAGAGCUUCGUCUUCGUUGGCCUCACGGCGGCAGUUGCGGCCAAGUCGGCUGUCCUCGAUCUCGUCCCCAACAAUUUCGACAAGGUGGUUCUGAAGUCCGGCAAGCCGACCCUCGUCGAGUUCUUCGCCCCGUGGUGCGGCCACUGCAAGAAUCUCGCUCCCGUCUACGAGGAGCUCGCCCUGGCCUUUGAGCAUGCCAAGGACAAGGUCCAGGUCGCCAAGGUCGACGCCGAUGCCGAGCGGGAUCUGGGCAAGCGGUUUGGAGUGCAGGGUUUUCCGACACUGAAAUUCUUCGACGGCAAGAGCGACAAGCCGACCGAGUACAAUGGCGGGCGGGAUCUCGAAGCGCUUUCUAACUUUAUCACCGAGAAGACGGGAGUGAAGCCGAGGAAGAAGUCGGCGAAGCCGAGCAGUGUGGUGAUGCUCACAGAUUCCACUUUCAAGCAACAUAUUGGUGGCGACAAGAAUGUACUGGUGGCGUUUACCGCCCCGUGGUGUGGACACUGCAAGAACCUUGCGCCUACCUGGGAGGCUCUCGCCGAGAAUUUCGCCAGCGAAGAUAAGGUCGUAAUCGCCAAGGUUGACGCUGAUGCCCCGAACGGCAAGGCCACCGCGGCCGAGUACGGUGUGUCCGGAUACCCGACCAUCAAGUUCUUCCCCGCGGGCAGCACCAACCCCGAAGAUUACGACGGCGGCCGAUCUGAGGAGGCCUUCGUCACCUUCCUGAACAAGAAGGCUGGCACCCACCGUGCUCCAGGCGGCGGUGUCGACGCCACCGCUGGUACGGUUGAGGCGCUCGAUACCAUUGUGGCCAAGCUGACCGGCGGGACUGCCCUGGCGGAGGCGGCCGCCGAGGCAAAAAAGGCUGCCGAAAGCCUCACGGACAAGGCUCAGGCCAAGUUCGCCGAGUAUUACCUCCGGGUGUUCGACAAGCUCAGCAAGAGCGAGGACUACGCGGCUAAGGAGCUUGCCCGUCUGGAGGGCAUCAUCAAGAAGGGCGGGUUGGCGCCCACCAAGCUGGACGAGCUGACGAGCAGGACCAAUGUUCUCCGCAAGUUCAUCGAGAAAGCGACGGGCGGUGGGGAGGAAAAAGAGGAGCUCUAA